AUGAAUUUAUUAAUACGAACACUUGUCUCUCGACAAUCUUCGCUUUUUAUUUGUCGUCGGCAUUUAACUACGGAAAAACGACGUCGAGCAUUUCUAACAGAUAAAUCUCGUUCAUCAAUACCUUCAUCUCCUCGUAAUAAUACUAAUAAUAAAUAUCCAUUGGGAUUUAUCAAUGAAAAAAAUAUUAUUGCUGGAAUAAUUAUUGUUAAUGGAAUUGUUUUUGUUACAUGGCAAUUUUCUUAUGCGAAUUUUCGAUCAAAUCAUGAUCAACGCCUAUUAUGGUUUAUGACAAAAAAUUUUAUGGUAUCUUGGGAUGGUGUUGUUCGACAAAAUCGUGUAUGGACUCUGCUUACUUCAGCUUUUAGUCAUUUUGAUUUAACACAUUUUUUGAUUAAUAGUUUCGUUUUAUAUAGUUUUGGUCCUCUUGUUUUAAAUCAUAUUGGUUUACCAGCGUUUAUUCAACUAUUUCUUGUUAGUGCAGUUGGCUGUUCACUUGGUCAUAUAUUUUAUCAACGAUUUUAUGAUCGAAGACCUAGUUUACCAGCUGUUGGAGCCUCCGGUGUUACAAUGGGCAUGGUAGUACUAUAUUCAUUUUUUCGUCCAUUUGAUACUGUUCUUCUAUUUUUUAUUGUACCUAUGCCAGUUAUUGUCGGUGUUGGAGCAUUUAUUGCAUAUGAUCUCUAUCGAGCUAUAACACAUCGUCAAAAAAAUAUUGGCUCUGCAGGUCAUAUUGGUGGGGCUAUUGCUGGUGCUUUGUAUUAUUUUUUAAAAAUUCGUGGACGAUUAUAA